AUGUCUCGUCUUGAAACAGAUAUCCUGGACUCAUUAUCCACAGAGCUCUCUCAGCAGCUCAAGAAUCACGUAGAUCAAGCCCUGCUCGAAUUUAUACGGCCAAAUUCUGCAUCUCAGUUUGCUCAGCAUGCUCCCGAGUUGGCGCACUUCCGCAAGGCCAUCGCGCAGAGCGAUUCGAAGGAUGAUAACGUCUUCCUACGUAGCUUCCGAGAAUUCAUACCUACCACAAACUACGAACCGUACAGGCCAUUCAUAGCAAAGUUUUUUGCUACCCCUUGCAGGGAAGCUGAUGUCAAGGACAUGCUCGCCCCUGGACUGCCCUACUUCUUUUCCAUGUCCAGCAUGACAUCUCGAGCAGAAGCAAAGACGUUCCCGAGAUACCGGCCUCCCCCAUACCUUUUGGAACACCGUCUAUAUCUGGUGCUUCCCCCGUCAGAGGGUACCACCUUAUCACCAUCUACUUUGAAAUAUCAGCAAAUCCUGAAAAUAGAGUGCGAGGACGGUCGGAGCUCCAAGAAGGUGACGGUCUGCUCAUUGAGCGUCGGUUUUCUGCGAAUGGCAAUGAACUGGGAUGUCGAAAACGAUAAGGAUAGACUCGAUUUAUGGGUUCCGGGGCAAACGGAUCCAUUUGCAAUCUCUUUGGUUGGAAGUUAUCGCGCUUACUUUGUUCUGAAUGCACUAUUUGCGCUCGCAGACCGUCGGUAUGUAGAGGACGAGUGGACUCUACUUGUCGACUGUAUCGAGAAGGGUAUCAUCCCAGACGUCGAAGACCUCGGUCAUUUGCGCGCACCUCUAGAGAAACAUCUUACUCCAAACCCUCUUCGUGCUGCUGAACUUCGCGAAAUUGGGCCUCCUGGCCCUCAGGGUUGGGCGGUUCGUGUGUGGCCUGACUUGAGAGAGUUCAUUGGGAUCACUGGAGGUCCUGCUGCUGCUUCUGUUCCAAAGGCACGUCAAGUGUUAUGGUUCGCUACCCAGCUGACAGUUAGCGACACAAGGUCACUCACGUCCUCGGACCUUCUGUCCGCAUGCAGUCUUCUGGAUUAUGGCGGUUCAGAAUGCAGUGUCGCCGUACCAUACCACAAAGGCAACCCUAAUAUUGACUUCAAGGUAUUGUUAGGAGAUGGGGUCACCGAGUUUCUGAACUGGGAGCUUGUAACUGGAGGGCAUUACGAGCCCGUCUUGACGACCCGCAAUGGCUUGUGGAGGUACCGCCUUGGUGAUGUCGUCGCCAUUAAAGGUUUUGAUCCAGAUGACGGAUUGCCUAUCAUCAAUUACCUUCACAGGCGAGAAGUCGCAAUUGACGAACGCGGAUCGUUUCUGCUGCUGAACAAUGUAUCGGCCCAAUCGCAGACUUCACUAUUGUGGGAAAUCGUAGGGCAAAUAGGAAAGGACGCGGGAAUGGCGAUACAGCAGACCUUUGAGCACCUCAUAGCGGCAAACGAUGAAUAUUGCGCUGCUGUUUGGGAAGCCAAAUCAAGAAAGCCAACCAUUCGUCUUGUGGAGAAAGGCACCUUUUCAGAAUAUCGCAGGCAGAGAAGCGACAAGACGAACGUCUCCAUUGGUCAGGUGAAGGUUCCCGUCGUCCUAUCCGACCCAACGUUUAAGGAGUGGCUUCCUCAAGAGAGUUGUGAUGGAGCUGUAAAAGAGUCUGAACUGGAUUUACUCUCGACUCUUAGCGAUAAUCAGACCUUAGUGAUCUAG